CAACGUUACCAAGGCUCACAAAGAUUCUGCAAUGUGUGUGUGGUCAAAAAUAUUUCUGGAAAUCAAUGAAAACAAUGUCAGUACGUGAUGCACUCAACACAGCAAUGGAUGAAGAACUGGCAAGAGACGAAAAGGUAUUUAUUAUUGGAGAAGAAGUGGCUCAGUAUAAUGGACCCUACAAGGUUACCAAGGGUCUAUGGAAAAAGUAUGGGGAUAAAAGAGUCAUCGACACUCCAAUAACAGAAGCUGGAUUUUGUGGAAUAGCAGUUGGAGCAGCUAUUGCUGGGCUAAAGCCUAUCUGUGAAUUCAUGACCUUCAACUUUUCUUUGCAAGCCGUUGAUAGGAUUAUCAAUGGUGCUGCAAAGAAUUUUUACAUGUCAGCAGGAACAUUACCAGUACCCAUUGUUUUUCGAGGACCAAAUGGCAAUGCUAAGGGUCUUGGAGCCCAGCACUCGCAGUGCUUUGCAGCUUGGUACAUGCAUAUACCAGGAUUAAAAGUCAUGUCUCCAUCAACUUCCGAAGAUUAUAGAGGAUGUCUCAAGGCUGCUGUGAGGGACCCUGAUCCUUGUGUAAUUUUGGAGAGUGAAGUGCUCUAUGGCAUGGAGUUCCCCAUUACAGAUCAGGCACUUGAUCAGGAUUUUGUAAUACCUAUUGGUAAAGCGAAAAUUGAGAAGCCUGGUAAACACAUAACUUUGGUAACUCAUGGACAAGCUACUUUCUAUACCAUGAAAGCAGCAGAGACUCUUGCUAGUGAAGGGAUUGAGGCUGAGGUCAUUAAUUUGAGAUCGUUGAGGCCCGUUGAUUGGGAGGCUGUUUUCAAAUCUAUUGGAAAAACUCACAGGCUCAUGACUGUUGAGUUGGGAUGGCCAAGGUGCUGCGUUGGAUCUGAGAUCGUGGCAACAGUAAUGGAGAAUCCAGUAUUCUUCCAACUGGAUUCACCAGCUGUAAGAUGCACCGGGGUUGAUGUACCUAUGCCUUACUCAGAAAAAAUUGAAUAUGAAUGCACACCCAAAGAUCAUCACAUUGCAGAAUAUGCCAAGAAAGUUUGUGGAACUAAAAUUUAA